AUGUCUGGGAAACGUAUGACCGCGAAUCCAAUUAAACCAUCACGAUACCGACCGGGCAAAGCACAUCUUGAAGAAGAUGAUUCCUCUGAUUCUGGAAGUGAUGCAGAAGAGACACCUACCAUUGCGCCGCCCCCAAAAGCUUCAACCGCAAUUGGAAUCUCUAGUAGUUCACUGAAAGGUGACAUAAACGAGAGGAGGAAAGUCGCAGCAGCCAAAGAAAAUGCGCGAAUUCAAGAAGAAAAGGCCUUGAAGGCUGCAGAAGAAGAGGGAUUUGUAACGGAAGAGGAAAGUGAAGAAGAGGAGGAAGGUAGCGAGGAGGGGAGUGAAGAGGAUAGCGAAGAGGAAGAGAGUAGUGAAGAAGAGGCUCCUAGAAAGGUUAUGAUGAGGCCGAUAUUCAUCAAGAAGGAGAAGCGGAACAAUUUACCUGGGGCUUCUAACACCGAUACUAAAACGGAAGAAGAAUUGGCUGCGGCUGAGGAAGAACGAAGGAAAAAGAUGGCAGAUGAAAUUGUUGAGGAGCAAAUCAGAAAAGAUAUCGCUGCGAGGGAAGCGGGGAAGAAGAACUGGGAUGAUGAGGAAGAGGUAAAUGAGGUCGACGACACCGACGAUAUUGAUCCAGAGGCGGAGCUUGCAGCAUGGAAAUUGAGAGAGCUCAAAAGAAUCAAGAGAGAUAGGGAGGCAAUUGAAGAGCGAGAAAAGGAAUUGGAAGAAGUCGAGAGGAGGAGGAAUUUGACAGAGGAAGAAAGGAAGAAGGAAGAUGACGAAUAUAUUGCGAAGCAGAAGGAGGAGAGGGAAGGAAGAGGGAAAAUGGCAACAAUGCAGAAGUACUAUCAUAAGGGUGCCUUCUAUUCAGAUGCAUUAGCUGCGGAAGGUCUAGACAAAAGAGACAUCAUGGGUUCUAGAUAUGCGGACGAUGUACAAAAUCGAGAGCUGCUUCCAAAAGCAUUACAAAUGAGGGAUAUGACGAAAUUAGGAAAGAAAGGAGCGACGAAGUACAGAGACUUGAAGUCGGAAGACACGGGCAGAUGGGGGAACUUUGAUGACAGAGGUCCGAAGAGAGGUGGAGGGGGGAUGGGUGGAUCUACGGAGGAUGAAAGAUUCAUGCCAGAUAGAGAUAGAGGAGGUGCUAGCGGUGCUAAUAAUGUACCCGUGGGUGAUGAAAAUCGUCGAAAGCGUCAAAGAUAUGAUUAG